AAAUUCUUGAACAUUGCCCUCGCAAGAUCUUUUUCUUUAUCGGGUUAAUCACGUGAGUACAGACGUAUAUAAAUAAGAUUCAGAUGCAUCCAAUGCGUUUCAAGUUUCAAGCUGCGCGGAUCAAUUCUUUUCUCCUUUGAGAAACUAAUUCAUCCACUUUGCUGUUGCAUUUAUACAUCUCAUUGUUUUAUUUUAUUUUAUCUUAUAAUGCCUUCCUUCAUUUACUGUUCAGAAUGCAACAACUUGUUGUACCCGAGAGAAGAUAGAUCAAAUCCAGAUGUCCGAAGCAGGAGUUUGAUGUUCGCUUGCAGGAAUUGUGACUACCAGGAGAAGGCUGACAAUAAUUGUGUUUACAGGAAUGAAAUUCUUCAUGCACCAGCUGAACAAACUCUUCUCGUUCAGGAUUUGAGCACCGAUCCAACAUUGCCACGAACUAGGACGAGAUGCGCAAAAUGUGGACACGAGGAAGCAGUGUUUUUCCAGGCUCAGGGCGGAGCAGAAAUGAAGAUGACAUUGUUCUACAUCUGUUGUAACAAAGCCUGUGGACAUCGUUGGUUCUCAUAAGCAAUUCGAAGAAACUAGAGACAGAACGCAACAACAACAACAAAAAAAGCAAAUGGCAGAGGCAGAGAUAGAGUCAGAGGUAGAGGCAAACAGUCAUUUUUCAAUCCAGCUCGAUCACCAAACUCUACUGUAACGGAUUUUCUUUAGAAAUAUCAGAGCCUAAACCACCCACAACAUUGAUCAGCAAUAAUAAAGG